UACUCACUACAACAGGUAUGGCCAGAUUUGAAGUCUAUGGGUUUGCUUUCAUGAUGUUACUGGUAUCCAUGCUGGUGACUACUCCUUAUGUCAGUAAUGCAACCAUAACUUGUGGUGAGGUGACCACCUUACUCACUCCUUGCAUUCCAUUCGGAGUGUUUGGAGGGGUUGUGCCACCGGAUUGUUGUGCUGGGAUCAAAGGGCUCAAUGCUGCAAAAAAGACAACAGAGGAUCGAAGAACUGCUUGUACUUGCAUUCAAGAAGGAGCUGCUAGGAUUCCUGGGAUUGAUUAUGAUCGUAUAAACAUGCUGGUUCUCCUACUCCCUACAAAGUUGAUCCAUCUACUAAUUGCUCUCAGGUAAGCUGAAUCUACUGAAGGCACUAUCCUACUGAGACUAGGAGAAUAUAAAUAAAGCUUCCAGGAAGACUUCGUGGAACCUAGAGAACUGUCAGCAAUUUGUCACACAAUGCUUUUGUGGUUUUUUUUUUUUCUUUCUUUUUUUCUUUUGGGGGUGCUCAUAAUUGUUACACAUUUUAUGAUAAAUUGAGUAGAGUUAAAACCUAGUAUAUACUUAUGUGCAAACUCUACAAAUUGGAACCAGCAGCAUGAAUAAGACUACUAAAUCAAA